AUGACCACCGCCAAGUACCACCUCCGCCCCAUCGCCCCCGUCCACAUGGGCGAGCCGCCCCUCUCACCCUCCAUGACCGCCUCGACCGGCAGCGAGCGCAGCCCGACCUCCGGCCCCUCCAAACGCGCUUUCCUCCCACCCGCGCCCUCAGCGUCCCGCCAAUACCGACCCAUUUCGCCCACACUUCGAGAGCUGGAACUCUCCCCGGUCGACGCCUCCGCCUCGCCCAUGCCGCGCCGCGGCGGCUUCCCUGCGCCCCCGACGGGCCACGAGCUCAUGGCGCUCUUCCCCCUGCCGCCGCCGAACGCCGCCAUCGGCCCGACGUCCGGCUUCUUCUUCGAGCAGGAGCGCGCCUUCUUCGCCCGCAAGGGCAAGGAGAUCGUCGCCGUGCAGAUCGAGGUCGACAUGCACCCGCACCCGCAGUCGCACCCUGCGCACCCGCAGCAGGUCCCCGUGAGCUUCGGCGAGCACCCGGCCCGCCAGGCGUCGGGCUCCCCGCAUGGACAUGCCCUUGCGCCGCCGCCCCAGGGCACGUCCCCGCCGAUCAUCCCUGUCCUUGCACAGUCUACGUCGGCGCCCUCGCCGUACCCCCCACACCCGCAUUCUGUGCCGCCGCCACAAGCACACGCACACGCACGGACGACACCGCCGCAUGCCCCUACGGACGUCCAGAUGCAGCCCCCGAUGCACCCACCUGCGCCGCCUCCGCCCGCGGGCGAGCAUGGAAGCAAGCAGCAACAGCAGCAGCAGCAGGGGGAGGGGUACCCGGAGGAGGACGAUGAGGCGUGGAGGAGGCCGAUGCCGCACAAUGAGCGGAGACGAGCGGGGAAGCAUACGAAGCGGGUGAUCGUCGUGAAAUGA